AUGUCCUCCGUCGUCAUUGUCGGUGCCUCUCGAGGACUUGGGUUUGCUCUGACAAAGAUCUGGUCAGAAACCCCAUCCAAUACAGUCAUUGCGCUGGUCCGCGACAAGGCGGCAGCCACUGCUACUUUUGAGAAGGAUCUACCUGGCAGGGCAAAUGUUCGCAUUCUUACUGCUGAUUUAGAGGACUUUGAGUCGUUAAAGGCAGCUUUGGAAGAGACACGCAAGAUACUGGAUAACAAACUAGACUAUCUCAUUGUCAACGCUGCUGUCAGUGACAGUAUUGUUGAUGAUAUUGGCAAUGCAGAGGGAACUAACGAUGCACUGGCUUCGCUCCGUUUUAGCAUUCUCAAUGACCGCGAACAAUUUGACAAAGACAUGAUCCGCACCUUCAAGACCAACUGCUUGGGUGUUGCCCACGCUCUUGGUCUCUUUGCACCGCUUCUUCUCAACGGCACUGCCAAGAAAGGAGUCGUAAUUAGCAGUGGCGCUGGCGACCCUCAUUGGACAGCAAAAUGGCGAAUAUUUGGCCACGCGCCCUAUGGCAUCAGCAAAGCCGCCGUCAACCAAGUUGUGGCCGCAUUCCAUGCUCAAUACGCUUAUGAAGGCGUUACAAUUUCUGCAAUCAGCCCGGGGAUCAUCAAGACCGAGUUCAACACCCCCAAACCCGAUGGUGAGUGGCAUUUACUUCCCAAGGCACAUAGCGUCAACGCUGCUUACAUGUACUCGAUGCCACAAAAUCAACUCCACUCCUACGAAAUCAUGCUGACGACCCAAGUAGAUCUGAAUUAUCAGCGCGUGCAGAAAUCUUUUGGGCCGCCUACCCAAGCGUCUAAUAGAUUCAAGGGGCCCUAUACCCCCGACGAAUCGGCUGCUAAAGUAACUGAUGUUAUUGUAAACCACUUGGAUCUUGAAGUAAAUGGAGGAACAUUAAUCUCAGAGUACAAUGACCAACAAUGGGUAUAA